GGCACAAGGUGUCAGAUGUUCAUCUUCCCUUCUGGAACAAAUGCUGCCCACAGCCCUGACCAAUUCCUUCAUCAGGAAACCUCAUGCCUGAUUCUAGUAUUGCUAGAUUAUUCACUCUGAGGCUCUUCUGCCCAAAUUCAGCCAACGCAUUCCCUUUCUGAUUGUAACGAUCUUGGACGAGCAGCCAGCCUCUUCCUCCUGGGUCCUUCUGGCUUGCAGCAGGACACACUGGCUCUGCCCUGGCCUUGUAUGGUCUUCAAACAGCACGUGGCAGGGCCCUGCAGACUUCUCUGUAGUGCACAGAGAGCGGUGGGAUCCUCACCAAAGUUUCGGGAAUCUGCUUGUCUGUCCCUUUGCCCUUGCCUGUUGUGAUGUGCUUGCUGGGAGUGCUGGGGAAGGAGUGAACCUGAAGAAAACUGGUGAGGUUUCUCCUUAUUUCUUGGAGAAGCUCCUUCUGUGGCAGGAUUUCUGUAACUGAGAACACCUCCCAAGCAUGUUGAGUUGGGGAAUGAGAUGUUUUCAAGGGCUCCUGGCACACAAAGAGGUGAUGGAUGAAGCUACCUGUUUCUGGAACCUUUUCAUCCACCACGUGAAACGCAAGUUUAUCAACGACGAGAUGUAGCAGUAAUAAUUAGCGAUGGGCGACGUUCUGGCUUAUGAAGCGGAGUUACUCGGACUAGUGAGAGAGUAUUUGGAUUUUGCUGAAUUUGCAGAAACAGUGAAAGUAUUUACAAAGGAAUGUAAAAUAAAAGGGAAGCCACUACCUAAACCAGCAGGUGUAUCCUCAAGAGAUUCAAAAACUUUGCCUGUUCAGAAAGAUCUGCUUACAGCAUUUGAAAAUGGUGAGCAGAAAGUUUUUUUCCAGCUCUGGGAGGAGCACAUUUCGUCUUCAGUCCGGGACAAUGAACCAGUUGCUCAGAAGCUGGAGUUCUAUCUUCACAUCCACUUUGCCACCUACCUCUUAAAACACUCUAUGGGAAAGCCUGACAAAGCUGAACUUGAGGAAAGGAUUUCUCAUUUUAAGGCAUACCUGGAAACAAAAGGAGCUGCACUGAGCCAGACUACAGAGUUUCUUCCCUUCUAUGCUUUGCCUUUUGUUCCAAACCCCAUGGUACAUCCUUCAUUUAAAGAACUUUUCCAGGAUUCCUGGACAUUGAAUUUAAGGACAAGAUUGGAAAAGUUCCUGUCUCUGAAUCUCAAAGCCAGACAGACUCCCCAGCUUCUCACUUUAUUUAAGGAGAAUGGACAGUGCAACAAAGAAAUGUUGCAACAUCUUCAUCAACAGUUAGUGGAAUCUGAGCACAGGACCAUGACCUACCUGAAACGAUUUAACAAAAUGCAGGCAGACUACCAUAAUCUCAUUGGAGUCACUGCAGAGCUGGUGGAUUCCUUGGAGGCCACAGUCAAUGGCAAGAUGAUCACACCAGAGUAUCUUCAAAGUGUUUGUGUUCGCUUGUUUAGCAAUCAGAUGAGACAAAGUGUAGCACAUAGUAUUGACUUCACAAGGCCUGGCACUGGAUAUUACUCUAUGAGCCCUUGUGAUGACGGAUAUGCUUCCACAAUGUUAAGAGCAUCUUUAGCCCCUGUGAAGAUGCAGGAUGUGCCAUUGUUGCCCUCUUUGGAUUAUGAGAAGCUGAAGAAAGAUUUGAUUACAGGGAAUGAUCGUCUCAAAGCCUUCUUACUGCAGGCUCUGCGCUGGCGCUUGACAACAUCAUAUCCUGGAGAACAGAGAGACACAGUCCUGCAAGCCUACAUCAGUAAUGACCUCCUAGACUGCCACAGCAACUGUCAGAGAAGUGUCCUCAAAUUAUUACAUUCUAAGAGUGAGGUAGUCAGACAGUAUAUGGCAAGGCUCGUCAACACUUUUGCUUCACUGGCAGAAGGUCGUGUCUACCUUUCUCAGAACCCAACAUUGCUGCGAAUGCUGGAGGAGAGACUGAAAGCUGAAGACAAGGAUUCCCUUACAUGGGAGAAUGUUCUGGGGGCUCUGCAGAAAUUCAGCCUCAGGCGUGCACUGCAGUCGGAAAUGAUCAAAGAUGGGCUCAUUUUCUGGCUGGUUGAUGUUCUAACAGAUACAGAUUGCCUGUCUGAUUACACGCUGGAAUAUUCCGUUGCCUUGCUCAUGAAUCUUUGUCUGCGGAGUGCAGGGAAGAAAAUGUGUGCAAGGAUCGCAAACCACGUGCUCAAAGUUCUCUCUGAUCUUCUUGGCCAUGAGAAUCAUGAGAUACAACCAUAUGUGAAUGGAACACUGUAUAGCGUUCUUGCCAUCCCUUCUGUCCGAGAAGAAGCCAGAGCAAUGGGAAUGGAAGAAAUUCUGCGCUGCUUUAUCAAGGAAGGAAAUGCAGAGAUGAUCCGACAGAUUGAAUUUAUUAUCAAGCAGCUCAAUUCAGAAGAGCCAUUAAAUGAUAGUAUUGUGUCUGACGAUGAAGAGGAAGAAGAUGAUGAGGAAGAGGACCAUGACAUCAUGGAGCCUGAUCUGGACAAAGAUGAGGUUUUGCAGCCUCAACUGGGAGAGCUUGCAGGAGAGAAGCUGCUAACAACGGAGUACUUGGGAAUAAUGACUCAUACUCCAAAACCCAAGAAGAAGCUGUUUCCUGGUGUCCAUCAGAGUAUAGAUGAGCCUCUCCAGAGACCUGUGACGCCAGGUUAUCACAGAACUGCGUACCUAAUGCCAGAAAACGAUACCAGUUCUUGUCCUGAUAGGGAUGAGAAGCUGCAGUCUCUGCUGAGUGGUCAUCCUCCCAUCUGUGGUGGGAGCAGGUCCAGCAUUUCUGACCUCUGCAUUUCCCCUUCAUCAGUUGAAAUGAAGUCAUCUAAAGUAUUCUCAUCAGGCCAUAGAACGGACCGAAGCAUCCCAGCUGAUGACAGUAUCUUGUCUUCCCGAUCUACUGACUUCACCCAGGACAAAGUAAAUGGGCAAUCACAUAGUGAGUUUCCCUCAGCCUUCACCAGCAAACCCAAGAUCCCUCGCACUCCUGAAGUGCAGAGUGCCAGCCCUAGAAAGGGAAAGAUCCCAGCAAUUGCCCCCCAGUUCUCUCAGUCUGGACCCCAACAAACAAGCCGUCCUAGCUCCUCAGGAUCAUCCACAAGGAGCAGACAGAGCAGCCAGUCCUACAGGAAGUGAGAACAGUUCCUUUCCUCGAGAAUCACCUGUCACACUGGUGAAGGACAGAGCCAGCUUCCUGUAAUGAGCUUUACUGACGACCUGCUGAGAAGAGUGUGAGGUUAUUGACAUUGCAUGGCGUGCAUCUUGCACAGUGAUUCAGGGGUUAUCUGAUGGGAUGUAUCUGUUGUUGUCUCUAAAGCCAGCUAAGACAAGGGCCUUGUUAUUACAAUUCAAGGUCUCAGCAGCAGCCCGGGACUGAUACGGGAGAUGGAUAUAGUCCCAAUGUCUCCAAUAGUUUACUCUAAAGUGACAUUGCCACUUUGAGAAGAAACUCUUGCUCUCUGCCUUCUGUGUCAGAGUAAACGGCCUUUGGAGACAGUAUGUAGGGCUCAGUACAGGGGUCUGACCAAGCAACUGUCUUGUUUACAUAUUGCUUGCUAAACUAGCCUGCCACUUGCUUUUUUUAAAAUUAUGCCUUAGUGAAUGAGUUGGGAGAUAUCUGUGUUCAAAGGAUCUGCACUAGGAGGGAAAAUGUACGCCAGAUGUGCAAAGCCUCCCCACCUGGAGCAGUCAUGCGUGGAGUGAGAUUUGUGUUUGGCCACCAGCGACUGGAGAGAAGGUGUUUCAUCAACUUCUGACUGACCUGUAGCAGUUGAAAAACACUGUGCCAGUGCCCAAGGCAGCAUCCAUGCUUACCUCUGAGAAUCUGAUCAGCAGCUUUAUCUGCAGCAAUUACUCCUAUUCCUUCUUCCUACAUUUUUUUCUUAAUUCUACUGUUUAACAUUUGUGGAAUGAAUAAUCCAUUUUUUCCACUGGAAUAAAGAACUUUGUUUCUUCAUUAACAGAAGAAAGCAUGUGAACAGAUCAGAAGCAACGCACUCUUUUUACAUGGGGCUGUGGACAAUCCUCUUCGGUCUUUGUUGCUUUUUUUAUGUUCUUCACUUCUGAGCGAUGACUGGUUAUGUCUUGAUGGAAUUUGUGCUGGUCUUCAGUGACUAUGAAGUGCUGGCUAGGCACAUGAGAUCAGUAAGCCCUCUGCCAAAUAAAGAAACAGCAAUUAGUUCUGACAGUGAAUUAUGAAUCUAAUGCUGUUUGUUGGUCUUUCUCUCAGAAGUAACAGUUACCAGGAAAUGCUGAAGUCUUCACUGGGAGUUGGCUUUUCAGUAACGUCCUCUCAUGUGACUCAGUCAACAAGAGCAACAACUUUUCCAGAAAUGCAGUUUACUUUGGAACUUGGCUGCCACUGAGGCAGAAACACACAAAAAGCAGGGAUUGUAUUUGUCAUAGGCAGAUUUCAAAAGCAAAUGCUUUAACAGGUACAAAAAGUGAGAAGGUAAGCCUUGUGUUUUGGAGUUUCACCUUGAGAAACAAACAAGUGGAACACAGCCUGAAACAUAAAGCAACUCCAACAGCAACAGUAUCUUCCCCUAGAAUGAAGACUUGUAAAGCCACCAAUCGUUUCCAUAGCACCAGAAGAAAGCUUUAUGCUUCUCCCGAGACCUUAAAUUAUGCCUUUUGGUAUGUGGUGGCAACUGAAGGGCCAAGGCUAUUUCCUCAUGUAAUGUAGUAGCCAUGAGACCACCAAGAUCAGUGAUGCUGUGUCAGAUAUUUGCAGAAAGGGCUCCCACGCACAAGAUCAGGUAACCUCUUUGGAUAAUAGACUUAAAAUUGGAAUUGGGAUGUUUUGUAGGAGAAAACAUCUUCCAGUUUAAAAUUUAGUCAUAUUCACAUGGGAAUUACAAUUUACUGCUUGGUAACUUCAGUCCAUAGGCCUAACAAAAGCAAGCAGAGUAUGGGUGUUGCUUUAACUCCCAAACUACAUAGGACAUAAAGUGCUUAUAGACACUUGAUAGCCCCUGUCACAUAGAUCUCCAUGCUAGACAAAGAAAUCACAGAAAAUCUCUGAUUUGUGCUUAGAUUCAUCCCCCUCUUCUCAGGGCUGAUAAACACAAUUAAUGGAAAAAUGUCCUCUGGUUCACAAAAAGGCAGUAAUGGAAAACAGCCAUAAAAACUCACCUAGUGGUUUUCCAGGAUAGGCAGCUUCUGGUUUUCCUCUGAAAUGCUGUCUUUUUUCCAGCAUGUAAUAUCAAUGGCCAGGUUGUUAACACUGAAGUGCUAAGCACAUCCAUUUGCAUACAAGGAAAACACAGGAUGCUCCAGCAGCUGAGUUUUAUUUAUUUCACAGCGGUGCUGAGUUUCAUGUUGAAGCAGAUCUGAUUGUCUGAGAUGCAGAGCAGCUUUUGAAAAGCAUUCAGUGCAGACUGGGGGUGGGGAUGGGGGGUGUUGAGGGAACAACACAACAACCCCAAAACCACACUGGCUUUACCAUUAGUUGAGGUCGAAACAGUAUCACUCCUUGCAAGUCAGCUGAAGGUGGUUGGUAGGUACGGAUACAACUGCUCCAGCGGGUCAAGAUCCGUGAAAAGCAAAAUGCAUCUUGCAGAACUGGACUGAAAAGAACAAGCUGAAGUUUAUGUACUUGUGUGUUUUGUUUCUUACUUGGGCCUAUUUCACUGCAGAACUCUAUAUGUACAUUUUCCAUGUUCAACUCUUUUUUUGGAGUGUAAGUAUAGAGUUUGAAAACUGAGACUAUUUUUUGUAUUAAUGCUUGAGAAACUUCAUUUUCCAAAUACUUGAAAGAAACCGUGGAUAUGCUUAGAAAUAAAUU